AUGGAUCACAAACUCAAUGAAUUAACUGAAAAUAUUAAGCAAAGAGGUCGUGAAGGAGCUUAUCCGCUAUUUAAACAAACGGGUCCAGAAUAUGUGAUGCCUAAGUUUCCAAUCGAAAGAAAAGAAAUGGAGGAGCACAUAUUAGAAUUUAAAUUAGCCAGAUCAGCUAGUAAUAUGGAUGGUGAUUACAAAGUGACAACUAGUGAAGAAAAUCGUGAUUCAAUAGUAGUUGCACCGAGAACUUUUGGUUUGGAUAAUUACAAUUCUAUGGGGAAUAUGAUAAAUGGAUCAGCAGAAUCGGUCAGUAGUAAUAAUAAACAGAGCCACCAUACUUGUGGAAUAGUGUUGGGCAAAAAUGAUAAAGUGAAUGAAGAAGACUAUUCAUGCGAUUGUCUAACUCAGCUGCCUGAAGAAUUUCCACAAGAACGUCAUGCUCAGCCUAGUUUAUCUACAUCAGGCACUAAUACAUCAUCUUUGGAGUUUAGUAAUCGUAUACAAUCAAGACUAGCUCAAGGCGGUUUCCUGCUUCAGAAUGAACAAUUUAGUGGUGGUAGUGUUGGUGGCGGCGGAGGUUCUUUAGUUCGACGAUUGUAUAGUGUUCCAGGGGCAGCUAGUGAUGGUCUACCAUUGCAUUUAACGCCUGGUUCAAGUAUGUAUGCUGAUGUAGCUCCUGUUAUCCAGGAGGUUGAAGUAGCCGCUGAAGCACAUUUGGAAUCAGCAGCUGUAGAAUUUCAACGGGUUCAAAUCUGUGGUGAUGAUACUCUUGGGGUACCCGUGGAUGAUCUGCAUUUCGCAUCAGAGGCUUUAAUUAAAGCCCUGUUAUUACGUCAUAAGUACAUCACAGCAUCGCAUCAAUCAUUUUAUCGCACUACAGCACGUUAUUUAAGCAUAUUGGAUUCAGGUUCAGUGAAAUUGUUGGAUUAUGAAGAGAAACGUUACAAGACUAUACACACUCCUGUAUUCGAUCAUCCUAUACAUCCACCUGAAAAAACCGGUGAUCCAUUCGAAAUCGACUAUUGGCCUGAACCGUUGAAUGUGAAACUUGAAUUCCACAAAGGGAUUAUGCAUGUUAUACGUAACCGUGAAACGGUUAAUGGUAAUGGUGGUUGUGGUGGCGGCGGUGUUUCAGAGAGUACUGACAAGGCGAAUGGUGAAGUUCAUCAGACAAAUAACGAUCACGGCGAUGAUGAUAAUGAUGACGAUGGUUUACCAGUAUUCAAUGUGCCCUGUUUACAAACCUUUUUCUCUGAUUUUGAUACCAUACGUACAUUUGUAGCCGAUGGUCCAUUGAAAUCAUUUUGUUAUCGUCGACUCACCUAUUUAGCUUCGAAGUUUCAAUUGCAUUCUCUGCUAAAUGAAGCUCGGGAAUCACUUGAACAGAAACGUGUGUCACACAGAGAUUUCUAUAAUAUUCGUAAGGUUGACACACAUUUACACGCCUCAUCCUGUAUGAAUCAAAAGCAUUUAUUACGUUUUAUCAAGAAAACGAUACGCACCAAAGCAAAUGUACACGUGUGUGAAGAUCCGAAAACGAAAAAGCCUAUCACAUUGAAUGAACUAAUUGACAAAAUUGGAAUUACUCUAUACGAUUUAAAUAUUGAUAACUUGGACGUUCAUGCUGAUCGUAAUACAUUUCAUCGAUUCGAUAAAUUCAAUGCCAAGUACAAUCCAAUUGGUCAGAGUCAACUACGUGAAGUAUUCUUAAAAUCGGAUAAUUACAUAAAAGGUGUAUUCUUUGCGCAUGUUUUAAAGGAAGUUUUUUCAGAUCUCUCUGAAUCCAAAUAUCAAAAUGCUGAACCACGUCUAUCGAUCUAUGGUAGAUCAAUUAAUGAAUGGGAUAAUUUAGCUAAAUGGGCUAUCGACUGUAAAGUGUAUUCAGAUAAUGUACGUUGGUUGAUACAAGUCCCACGUCUGUUCGAUGUUUAUCAUGCUAAAGGAUCAAUGAAAUAUUUUCAGGACAUUAUUACAAAUGUUUUCCAACCAUUAUUUGAAGUCACUGCCAAUCCUAAAUCACAUCCUGAGUUGCAUGCAUUUCUCCAGUAUGUCACUGGUUUCGAUUCUGUAGACGAUGAAUCCAAGUCGGAUAAGAUUGUCUUCAAUAUCUCUACGCCAACACCGGAUGAGUAUGAUUUAAAUGAGAAUCCACCUUAUUCUUAUUAUAUUUUCUACAUGUAUGCUAAUAUAGCUCAGUUGAAUCAAUUUAGAAGUCAUCGUGGAUUGAACACCUUCUCAUUUAGACCACAUUCUGGUGAGGCUGGAAAUAUUAAUCACUUGGUUACAUGCUUUCUAUUGGCUGAAAGUAUUAAUCAUGGUCUAUUGUUACGUAAAGCUCCUGUCCUUCAAUACCUCUAUUAUCUUGCUCAAAUUGGAAUUGCAAUGUCACCGUUAAGCAAUAAUUCCUAUUCUUGGAUUAUCAUCGUAAUCCCCUGA